AUGAGCAAAAACAAUAAUAAUGAUAAUAAUGAAAUAUUAUUUUGGAAAGUUUUUAAAAAUGUUGUAAUUAGAAAUUUAAUAUUUAAAGUUAUGGGUGAACAAGUUAUAGAGUAUGAUGAUAUGAAAAAGUAUUAUGUUGGGAAUAGAGUUAAAUUUUCAAAUAUGAUAUCAUUGAAUUUAAUUUCAAAAAAUAAAUUAUGGACAAUAUUAAAAGAUAAAUUAAUUAGUAAUCAAUAUAUAAGAAUUGAUAAAAAAGGAUUAUCAAAAUUUUUUAAAUAUUGUAAUGAAGAUUUAGAUACAAUCAAAUUAUUAUAUAAAUUUAAAAAAGAAGAAAUCAAUUCAAUAAUUGAUCCGAUUAAUCAAUCAAUAGAGUGUGAAAAUGAAAUUUCAUUAAAAUAUUUCAUUAAUUAUAUUGAUGAAGAAACUGGAAUGAAAUUACCAAUUCAAUUUAAUCAAAUAAAUUCAUAUGAUAGUGAAUUUUAUAUAACUUCAAUGCAAAUUUUUGAAAUUGUAUAUUUGGCAUUAAAAGAAAGUAAUCAACAAAGUGAUAUUGAUUUAUUAAAAAAUCAAUUAUUAUAUAGAUUUCUUUCAAAAGAAAAAGGAGAAGAAGAUUUUGGAUUUAUAUCGGUGAUUUAUAAUAAUUAUCCAGAACUGUAUCCAAAAAAAGAGGAUUCAAUAAGUGAUACAAUGUAUAGUAUCCCUUUGGAAACUAUAAUAAAACUUGACUCGGCUCAUAGGGAUUUACAAAUUAAACUAUUCCUUAAUGGUUUUAUUAAUUUUAAAAAGAGUUUUCCAAGUUCAAUUGUUGUAAAUAACUAUAAUAAUUAUAGUUUAGAUGAUUUUAUAUUCUUAUAUAAAUGUGUCUACAAAUCUAAUGAUUUAUUGGUUGAUACAAAAAAAGUUGAUCAAAUAGUUAAUGAAAUGAUAAAAGAUUUAAAAUGUGAAAAAGAGAAAUUAAAAUUUCUAAAAUUAAAAUUAACACAAGAGUUAACUCAUCAAGAUUUUAGUUUUUCAUAUCUUUGUGAAUAUGAUGAUGAUUUUGAUUUAAUCGAUAGUGAAAGUGUAGUAUCAUAUACAUUUUCAAUGUUUUCAAUCAAUGGUUUAAAGUAUUUAAUUGAAACAUCUUUUAGAUUCAAUGGAGUUUUAGUAUUUUUCCCAAACCAACAAGUUUUACUUGAAAGCCCAAACUUGGUAAUAGAAUUUAGUAAACUUUAUUUCAAAAAUGAUAAUCACUUUUCAAUGAAAUAUAAUGGUUGGUUAUACAUUAUAUCUGCAAUAUUAAAAUUUUGCGAAUUUAAUGUAUUAAAAGAAAUAAUUGAAAGUGUACCUGAUUUUCCUUUAAAAUUAAUUUCAAAAUUAUUAUACUCUUUUGAUCUUAAUUGUCCUUCACAAAUGGUAAAAUUAAUUAAUUUAUUAAAAUCUAAACAAGAGGAAGAUAAUGAUGGUAAUGCAGGUAAUGAUGAUGAUGAUGAAUACUCAUUAUUCUUUUCAAUCAAAUCAUUUAAAUUUUCAGAUUAUUUAAUUGGUUUAAAAUCAAAUUUUAAAAUUGAUUCUGUUUCACAAUUUAAUCAUUUAAAAGUAUUGGAUGAUUUAUUUUUACCAUCACAAUUAUCUUCAAAUGAUAAUGAUAAUCCAAAUUAUUCAAAUUUUUACAAAUCAUUAUCAUUUGUAAUUAACUCUGUGGAUAUUGUUAAACAAGCAAUAUUAAAUUAUCCAAAUGCACCAAAAGAAUUAUUCAAUAAUUAUCUUUUAAAAUUAUUAAAUAAUUUUGAUUUAGAAAGUAUUAAAGAAAUAAUGAAAAUUAUUAAAUUUGCUAAAAUUGGUGGUGAUAAUAAAACCUUCACAUUUGAUAAUCAAGGAAAAUGCACUGAGGAAAUGUAUAAAAAGGUAGAUGAAACUUUAAAUUAUUUGAAUGAAAUUAAUUUUACAAAUUUAUUUAAUGAAAAUGGUAUUAGUUCAUUUUUUAUUGGUUUAUUCAAUUCAUUUUCAAAUAUUGAUAAAUUAAUUGAAAAUUGCCCAUCAUUUAAAGAGAUUGCAUUCUCUUUAUUUGAAAACCAAUCAUCAAUUAUAAUUUGUGAAAUCCUAUUCAAACAAUCUUUUAAUUUUAAUGAUCGUUUAAAAAUAAUUAAAUAUAUAUUAAAUGAAAUUACAACAUUCACAGUUUUUAAUUAUUUUUCAUUGUCAAGUGAUAGAGAUAUAAUUUUUAAUCAAGAAUUUACAAUUUAUAAUCUUCCAACUGGUGAAAUUAAAACCAAUGAUUUAAACUCUUUUGAUAUUAUUGAAAUUAUUGAACAAUUAUUAAAAAAAGUUGAUAAAAGAGAAAUUAAUAAUUUCACAACAAUUGAAAUGAUUCAAAUUCUAUUUGAUUUUUUAGUUCAAAGUAAAAAUGUUACAUUACAACAAAUUGAAUUUAUUAUUGAAUUAUGUGAUAUUAAUUCCAUUACAUUAUCAAUUGGAUACUAUCAUACAUUUUACUUUUACAAUUUAAAGAAUAAAAAAUUAUCAAAUAUUUUUCUUAAAGAUCCAGCAUCAAGAGAUUUAUCAAGAUCUGCAAUAUUCUCAAAAAAGACACAUUAUGGAAAACAUUUCUUUUUUUAUAAAGGUCAUUCAUUUAAUUUUAUCAAAAAUUCUUCAUUUAAUUUAUUGGUUAUUGAAUUAAUGAAAAUUUAUUUUCAACCAGUUUGUAAUGGAAAAAGUGUGCGUUAUUUAUUAACAAUCAAUGAACCUCAAUUGGCAAUAUCAUUAUUAAAAGAUAAUAUUGACUCUUUUAAAAUUUCUCAUGAAAUUAAAUUUCAAUCAACUGAAAUUAUAAAAUCAUUUUUUAAAAGUGGUAUUUUUAAAAUUCCUUUUCAAGAUGUAAUUAAUGAAUUGGUGAAAUUAGAUUUAGAAGAAUUUUCAAUCGAUAAAUUAUUAAAAUGGGCAAUACUUUUAGAAAGAAUUGAUAUAACAAAUUUUAUUAUUUCAAAUUAUGCUAAAGGUAUUAGUAAUUUAUUAUUCGGUAAUUUUGAAAUUAAUCCAUUCGCAAAGAAUUGUAAAUUAAUUUCCAAUUAUUUAUUAGAAAACCAUAAAGAUGUAUUAUUAAAUAGUAUAAUAAUUGAUCAAGAACUCAUUAAUGAUAUUAAAAAUCAAGGUUUUAAUGAAAUGUAUAAUUUAAUUUUAAAAUAUAUAAAAAUUAAAUAA